AGGAGGUAUGCAGGUGUCAGUAUUUUUGCAGAAUUUCAUUUUUUGGCAUUUUCCAACUGAUCUAUAGAUAAGAGUGUUGCCAGAGAUGAUGAUGAAGAAGAGGAUGUGUUUGAGUCUGCAACCACCAAUAGCUCUGGUGAUUGUUCAUUUGAGUCUGCGACUGAUGAUCCAAGCUUUAAUCUUGCAGAACAGACAGUUGAGGACCAGGUGAAAGUAUCUCUAUGGCAACAUCUUGACAGUUUCAUAGCAACACUCUAUGACAACAACAAUGACAUACACAAUCUCCUAAUUGCUGAGAUACAGAAAUCCUGGAAAAAUAGUCAAGCUGCACCUGUUGAAGAUAACCCUAAAGAGACUGACUCAAGUUCUACAAUUGAUGAAUAUGUGUGCAACUUUGUUCUACCUGCUCUGAGGUUAUUGCAGGACAUUAAGACACAGGUGAGACAAAGACACCCUAAGGCACCCAAAGGUUGGCCCCUAUAUAGAGACAAACAUCUAUUGAUUCACCUGGCCCAGGUUGACCAAUCACUCAUUAAGGAAGGAGACAUCUAUCUGUGUGUACGAGAAACAGGCUCGGGAUGUGUGCAAUUAGUUCUUCAGUCAUGUCAACGAAACAAAACAAAAUUGGAUCAGACUUCAAGUUUUUCAAACAAGAAAGGUAAUAUAAAAGGAAUACACAAGAUACGGAGUGCUUUUACUGAAAUCACUCACACUAUUGGUGCCUCUAUUAGUGCCAAAACAAAGGGUACCAAUUUUAAAGGUACUACUAAUACAGUUGCCAUAGCAACCAGUGGAUUUAAUGAAAAGCUCUUUAUAAAGGAGGUUAUUAUUCGACCAUUGGAUUAUUUCAGUAUCUUCACCAUGGAUUGGAUAACACAAUUACAGGGGAAAAAUGACCUAGAAUUCUUCACGCUUAUGAAGCAUUAUCUAGUUGUUACUGAGCAAGGGGUAGAGCAAUCCCCCUUGAAUGAUAUUACCAUAGAGUGUCGUAACUAUGGUAAAGGUUACCUUGGUAACCAGUUGAUUGCUCCAGGUUGCCAUGGCAACACAAAGGAGGUGAUUACAAAUGGAUAUGAAUCACUACAGAGGAAACCUAAAGUGAAGCUGGAAACACAUGAUUACCAUAGCAAUGAUGAUGAUUAUGUUGAAGGCAGUUUCUAUAGCAACAUCUAUGCAGAGUUCAAUGUUGACGAAGGAGACGAGGGUGAUGUAGCGCCAUCUAGACGUAGUACACCUAGCGACCACUCUGGGAGCCAAACAUUCAUGUUGCCACGACGACUGGCAGAGGUGGAUUCUGGGAUACUAUAUUCCGGAGCUGCUGUACUUCCAGGAUCUAGGGACAAACAAGGUGGCGCUGUUGUAGUUAUAUAUACAAAAGAAACAAUAUGGCGGAGUCCUGAUUUCACGAGUGAGGACCUCGGUCAACUGCUGCUUUAUUACCAGACAGUGCCAAGAAGUGAUGUAGGUGUCCAUGGGUUGACCAUCCUUGUGAAUGCCAUUGGGAUAACAAUUCAAGUUUUGAACAAUCUCCUAGAAGCUCUUUACUAUGUCCAGGGCCACAACCCCGGUGCUAUCUCCAUCGUGCAUGUGCUUACAGACAAGAAGGCACAGUCAUUGCUCUUCAAGUCUCCCGUCUUCAAACCACAAGUUAACCUCAAGAUUGACCUGCUGACAUCUAUUGACAAAUUGUACAGGUUUGUCUCCAAGUCUCAACUUCCCCCAGAGAUGGGAGGUCAGUUCAGCCACAACCACAAUGAAUGGGUCACGUUUAGAAUGAGACUGGAGCCAUUUCUGGAGAAUUGUCGUAGCGUUGCACGAUUUCUAGUCCAUGUGAUGCAGUCGAUUACAUCAGACAACUCCCUUCCAAUGACAACAGAAGAGGCACAGACCAUGCUAGAACGUCACAUGAAAUAUGUCAAGACUAGUUUGGAACAUCCCCAGUUGGUGGCGCUGCAGUCAGAAGGUGACGAUCUCCUAAAGUACACAGAGUUCGACAUCUCUCUCACCAAGACUGAGGAUUUCAAAGAUGCCAUAAAUAAUGCCAAGAGUAUGUACAAAGAAGUCCAGGAUACCAUGUACAAGCUAGUGAAAUUGGCGGAUAAGAGACGGGAUAGACUCGAUCUUUGUCUUUCGCUACGGGAAUUUGAGGAACACUCGAGCCAGGUGUUGUCAUGGUUAUGUAAUGAAGGAGAAGAGAUCCUUGCCAAACACGGAGUGGUCUCUGACAACCUAAAGGGUAUAAAACAUCAACAGAGAGAGUUUGACAAACUUUACUUCUCAGCAAUGACACAUAUAGAAAAAGCGAGCGAUCUUUUGGAAGAAGCCAGUAUGUUGUCCCAAUCGGGAAACCUGGACGAGGCAUCAGGAUUAAAAGAUGUUGCUAAGACGCUAAAGACGCACAUGAACGACUUCACAAAUCGUUUGGAAGGAACUCGAGAAAAAAUUGACGACACUGCAAAAUGUUAUUGCCUAUUAGAUAAGUCGUAUGAAUGGGCGUUGGAUACUAUGAAAUACAUGUCGCGUAUGAAGAUGGAAUCAUGUACUACAACAGAAGAAAUGGACAAAAUGCUACAGAAUAUAGACUUUUAUACCCAACAACAUCCCCCUGUUAGCCCUGAGGACUUCUCAUCACUCAUUGAUCUCUCACACAAAACAAACAACGAAAAGUUGCAAGAACAAUGUCGACUUGCAAAAAGUCGUUGUGAGGAUACUGAUAAAUUGUUAAAAUUACGAAGAGUAACUCUAGAAAAAGCUAAGGAUAAGCUAAUAACGGAGAAUGUGAGCAAACGACGGAGUAUAAGUAGUAUAUCAGAGGAAAGUGUUUCUUCCGAUUUUAUGUCUCAACUUGCCAGAGAUCAGUGUAGUGUGUCACCACGUGUGACGCGACGUCACAAUGUAAACACUAAUAAGGAAAAUAGGAGGAGUUUAGAUCUUAGAGACCAUAAUAAUAGAAGAUCGUUAGAUCUUCGGGUUGUGCCCUGUGUGGGUACUCCACCCUCAACAGUGACUUUUGACCCCGAUCAUCGGAGACGAUCUUUUGCUGGCACCGCCUCUAGUCCAACAUAUAGCCCUGCGGCGCAAGCCUUUAAGGACAAAGAUCAAGGAUAUUAUGAAGAAAAUCUUGUAGGUGGUGCCAUCACAGAGGAUCUCUCUCAUCGUAUAGUCACGUCCAUUCCCAAAACAUUAUCAGACUCUAAUUCUAAGCUACGAGCCUCAAAUGAAAGUCUACGAGGCUCGACUGAAAAUCUCACGGACCAAAAUAAAAAUAUUUCUCACUCUCAUGUGCAUUUACGGAGUGAAUCAGAACAGAUAAAUAGUGCCUCUCAAAAAUCUCGUCUUCCGCAGCCUCCACGGGUAUUUCGCAAGUCAUAUAGUAGUGGAGUUAUGGACCCUGUAGUCAUUGAGGCUGCUCAAAGGGAGGUCAGAAGUCAGGAUAAUCAACAGAAUAGUUUAGCUAGUCGAAGGCAAGGUGUGCGAACCUGGAGCUUGGUUACUGGGAGUACAGAGAGUUUGCCAAGUCUAACUGAAGAGGAUGAAACUGCAGGUGACACCCUUCCUCGCAACAAAAACAAAACAAACAAUCAACGCGAACAAGAACAGCAUCCGGAACAUCAGGACGUCAUCGACAGACGUAAAGCAUUCUGCGCUUGGUCCCCAGUGCCUGUUAACUCUCAUUUGGUACGUCAGAACCGACCAACUUUGACCCAUAGUGCCUCAAUGGCUGACCUCAGGCUCACUGAUGAUGAGAUUAAAAGGAGAAGAACUCUUUCGUUAAUAAUGCGUGAAAUGAUCCAGACUGAGCAAGAUUAUGUGAGAUCCUUACAGUUUGUCAUUGAUAACUACAUCCCAGAGUUGGCCAGAGAGGAUGUCCCCCAGGCUCUAAGAGGGAAACGCAAUGUGAUAUUUGGUAAUAUUGAAAAACUGUAUCAGUUCCACGCUCAUUAUUUCCUGCAUGAGAUCCAGAACUGUGAACACAACCCAUUCGCUGUUUGCCACAGCUUUCUAGAACAUGAGCAUGAGUUCUACAUGUAUGCCAUGUACAACAAGAACAAACCAAAGUCAGACAACCUCAUGGAGGAGUAUGCCAAAGGAUUAUUUCGGCAAAAACAAAUCGAACUUGGAGAUAAGAUGGACCUUCAGAGCUAUCUCCUCAAACCAGUACAACGCAUGGGCAAAUAUGCGCUUCUCUUGCGACAACUUCUCAAAGAGUGCCCGGAAACAGACCCAGAAUUCUCUGAUUUACGAGCAGCCGAGGAGAUGGUGAAGUAUUUGUUACGUCAUGGGAAUGAUCUUCUCGCCAUGGAUUCGCUAAGAGAAUGUGAUGUGAACCUACAAGAGUAUGGGCGUCUCUUACGGCAGGACCAAUUCCUUGUGUGGCAAGGACGCAAGAAGUCGUUGCGUCGUGUUUUCCUGUUUGAAGAUCUGAUGUUGUUCAGCAAGGCCAAACGUAGCUCAAGUGGCCAUGAUACAUACCAAUAUAGGCAUUCGCUGAAGACAUCUGAUAUUGGUAUUACCGAGUCAUUAGGCGAAGCUGGCCACAAAUUCGAAAUCUGGUUUCGUAGGAGGACAGUAGGAGAGACCUACAUUCUCCAGGCGCCUACAGCAGAAAUUAAAGCUGCAUGGGUCAAAGAUAUUUCGAAGAUACUUUGGCGCCAGGCUAUAAAGAAUAGAGAGCGUCGUCUGACAGAGAUGUCAUCUAUGGGUGUUGGGAGUAAACCUUGUAUAGACCUUAAACCUAGUGCUGACAACAUUAAUGAUAGGAAGUUUGAAGUCAAUUCUACUUCUAAAUGCCGCGUACGUAACUCAAUAGCUGUCCCCUCCUAUGAACACUAUCACAAGGGAAACAAACGACCAAUCUCCGUCAUCUCCCUCAGUAGCACAUCCUCAUCAAGUAGUGGUGGCCAGAACAGCCAAUCAGGAAACAGUCAAUUAGGUCAUGUGACCAGCCCCUCAAGUCAGUAUGCUUGGAGUCUGGAGUCUCAGGACAAUCAGCCAGGUGGAAGAAAGUCAACAUAUACUGUAUAUUCUAAUGAGAGUGGUAUAGUACCAGAUAUGGGAAGUGAUGCCAAUGACUCCUCAGUCAGUAAUAGUAAUUCUGAAACACCAAGUAGUUCUGAGACACCAACUAGUUCCGAGACACCAAGCAAUGAUACACAUAAAGAAUUAAAGAUUAUCUUUCGCCCCAAGAUUCCGUCAAAUACCAAACGCAGUCAUAGACGAGCAUCAAGUGAUGCGAUCAUGAUUACAAAUAAACCCCACGCUGACCCAAUGCCCGAUAGAGUUUUGGUCACCGAUGUAUGAUGAUCAAACAAGUAAACUAUCAACACCACUGCCAUCUUUCAAUGAAGAGAAAGUUCAAGUCAUCAUAGUAAUAUCACUCCUGCAGUAUAUGUAUUGCAUAUUGAGGGAUGAAUUAUAACUCAGUCGCUUCCACUCAGUUUGGAUACUCCGAGUAUAUAUGGAUACUACUUCAGUGGAUAUGGAUAUAUGGAUUGUCCAUUACUUA